GGUUAAAUGCGUGCGUGAAGGUUGGAGUGAAGAUUUUGAGCCGAAUUCGAGUCCUAGUCCCCGCCGCAAUAAGUGGGUCAGAAUUGGAGCCGUUCGAUUGGGCCAAACAAAAAGCUGGGCGCCACCGCAGAGUGCAGCUAAAACACGCCGCCAAACCAAGGGUAAAUGAGAUUCUCCCGAAAACGCUUGGAAAAUGUAAACAAUCUGUAAGCACAGCGACGAUAAGCGAUUUUCAAAGAGUUUGCAGCUUUUUACAUCGAUCAAACACUCGCAUAAUAAACGAAUAAGAACUGACGAUUAAAUCGAAUUGAAGUGGAGUGACGACUAUGGGAUACCCUAAGACUGCGUAGAGUGAAUGAAUUUGACAACGGAAAAGCGCCACUCCAUUGACUGCCGCCUUGUGCUCUAGAAACGUGAUCUCACCACUCUUAUGAUGGAACUUUUGUCAAACAAUUCGGUUCCGCAACAAAUGGCCAGCAGCAAUGCGCCGAGCGCCAACGGUGUGGCCAACUCCUCAACGGCCAACGGAAGUGGAGGCGGCAGUGUGAGCAGCAAUGCCAGCAACUCCUCCGAGCGACUGCUGGCGGGCAUCCUGGAGAGCUUUCCCGCCUGGGACCUCAACGUGGGACUACUGCCGAACGUGGGCCAGAGCUCACCACCACGCGCAGACUUCUUUAUCAAUAACUUCCUGGGCGGCUUGGACACGCAUGGCGACUUCAGCAUUGGACCCAUUGGCAGCGGUGCCCGCAGCAAUCCGAAGAUGUCGCCAGAGUCAUCAAACAACUCGAGCAUCAGCUGCGGUUGGUGCGAGGUGAGUGCUUCAAUACGCUGCCUGGAGUGCAACGAGUUCAUGUGCAACGACUGCCUGAGGGAGCACCGCAACAGUCCGCUGUCCUCCAACCACUCGAUCGUGUCCUUGCCCACGCCCAUUGGAGCCUCGCCCACGGGUGGCAGCUCGGUAAAUGCACAGACUCCGCCCAGCGGCAACUUUAUCUGCGACAUUCACAAUGAGAUGUUGCGCUACGUAUGUGACUACUGCCGGAAAUUGGUGUGUCAGUGCUGCACACUGCACGAGCACAAGGAGCACAGCUACGCGUCCAUCCAAAGCUUUAUGGUGGGCUCGAAGGAGAAGCUGGACGGCGCCAUUGAGAGCAGCCAGGUGGGCACGCGCUGCAUUAAGAGCAGCAUUGACAAAGCGCUGGCCUUCAUCCGGCUUAUCGAGCGCAAUUGCAGCGAGCUGAGCGAUAAUAUACGCAAGGCAUUCCGUCAGUUUAUCAUUGCCAUCGAGGACCGUGAGCGUUUCCUCUUGGACUUUGUGGAAAAGCUCCGCCAGCGUCGUCUGGCCAUCCUGCACGAUCAGAUGGCAGGCUUAAAGUCUGCUCUCGCCGGACUCUCCGAAACCUCCGAUAUGCUUAGCAAGGUGGCGGACAACGCAUGCAACAUGGACCAGAUCGAAAUUGCCAUGAAGUUGACCAAUGGCCAGCGACAGAUGGAGCAGUUUGCGGGGAUAUAUAAGGACCUGCAGCCAAAACAGGAAGUCUUUGCCUUCGCACCACCAGAUUACAGCCUGCUACAGGACAUCCGCAACCAGGGUGGCGUUAUCCUGGUGGACGACAAGAACUUGCCCAUCGUCUCUAGCAGCAACGGAAUUGUACCGAGUGUCUCCAGUGUAAAUGCCGUGGCCGCGGCCUCCGUGGGAGUUGUGGGAGGCGUUGCUGGAGUAGUCGGAGGCGUUGGCGUGACAAACGGCAUGGACUUGGCCUUCGGCAUGAACAUGCCCAACAAUCCGCUGAGUGUUGCCUCCUCAAGUGUUCGACGUCCCCUGUUGCGAGACAAUAGCUUCCGGAUUCCAUCGCCCAUCAUGCAACCGCGCGGAGGAAGUGCCUGUGGGAUGUCCAGUGGCAUGUCCAGCGCUGCGCUUGAUUGGGAACUCAAUGGACUGCGCAGCUCGCCGGGAUUACACUUCAGUGCGCCGCGAACCACGCAGGCCAUUCCGGGAUGCAUGGAUCUGGUCAAGGUGCGUAACUCGAAUGCUCUCUCGCUAUCCUUCGCCACCGAGGGCCACGAGGAUGGACAGGUGAGCCGGCCAUGGGGUCUAUGCGUGGAUAAAAUGGGCCACGUGCUCGUAUCGGAUCGCCGCAACAAUCGCGUUCAGGUCUUCAAUCCCGAUGGCUCCCUAAAGUUCAAGUUCGGCCGCAAAGGCGUGGGCAAUGGAGAGUUCGACCUGCCUGCUGGAAUCUGUGUGGACGUUGAUAAUCGCAUUAUUGUAGUGGACAAAGACAAUCACCGUGUUCAAAUCUUCACCGCCAGCGGCGUCUUCCUGCUCAAGUUCGGCAGCUACGGCAAGGAGUACGGUCAGUUCCAGUAUCCGUGGGAUGUGGCCGUGAACUCGCGCCGCCAAAUUGUGGUCACCGACUCGCGCAAUCAUCGCAUCCAGCAGUUCGACUCAGAGGGUCGGUUCAUCCGCCAGAUAGUGUUCGACAACCAUGGGCAAACCAAAGGAAUCGCGUCGCCACGAGGCGUUUGCUACACGCCCACGGGUAACAUCAUAGUGUCUGACUUUGACAACCACUGCCUCUACCUGAUUGAUCCAGACAUCAACGACAUUCUUUCCGUAAAGGGACAUGAGGGCUCGGGCUUCCAUGAGUUUAAUCGACCCUCUGGCCUGUGCUGUGACGACGAGGGCCGCAUUAUAGUGGCCGAUUCCAAGAAUCAACGCAUUCUGGUCUUCAAUCAGAACCUGGACUUUAUGUGGGAUAUCGAGGUGCGACCCUCCAUCAAUCCAUUGAUGCCGCCCACGCUGGACGAGAAAGAUCGCACUUGCGAUGUGGCCAUAAUGCCAGACGGUCGCAUUGUGUUCCUCAUUGAACUGUCGCCAGACUCCAAGGAAGGGUCAAACCCUUACAAGCGGUUUGUGCACGUAUUCUAAAUAAGGCCACGAGUACCGAUCUUUUUUAGACCAUUUACAAGAGCUAAACGUUAGCGUAGAGUUCCGAAUAACAGGACGAUUAUGAGCAGGUGCCGAAACCGAUUUAAAAAGGAAAAAUCUGAAAUCAUGAAAGUUAGCGAAAAUUUUUAGCUUAAGUGCUACAACGAUUACCUCGAUAUUGCUUAAGAGUUAUGGUUACGAUUUGGUAAUUUACAAUACAAUACGAAUUACACAUAUGUAUCUAUGGAUAUCUAUAUCUAUACGCAUAUGCAUAUAUCUAGCGAAUAUACAAGCCCAACCAACUAGAACUAUAACUAAAACAAAAACGAAAACAAGAACUAAAGCGAAAGGCAGGCGGUUGAGUAGGACUUAGGAGAUAUAUAUAGACGUAGGGUCCGUGAGCAUUCAGUAGAGUUACCGAACCUAGUAAAUGAUAAAGCAAAGAUGGAACUCAACCAUUUACUAGAUGAAAAUAUUAUUACCUGUUAGUUAGACUGAAAGGCAGUUUGCUAGCUGAUAGAAGGAGGUACGAACCAGGUCAGGUGGCGAUUGUGUUUUUUUACGGGUUUGCUUAGCGGAAUGAGGAAACUACAUUCGACAAGAGUUACUAAACAUGAUUUGCAGAAACAUUGUGGAAUGGUAUUAAUGUUUGUAUUAUAUUUAUAAUUCGUUUGUUCAGUUCUGUUUCUCGUUUAUUUUAAAAUUACUUUUUUUGGGACAUACAUAUGUAUUUUUAUAAUUUCCUUAUAAUUGAGACUGAGCAUUUGAGAACACGAACUUUGCGAAGGGAAGCAAAGCGAAACAAAACAAAGAAACAAACAAAAAACAAGAAAAUAUUGAUGGAACCCGCUGACUUUUCGUUGAACUUUAUACAAAGACUGAUUAACUAAACCGCAAUUUCGGAGCCAACUAAAGAACCAUAUAUGGUGAGGCCAAAAUAAGUGAAAGAGCAACACACUCAAAUUGCAAUGACAUUGAUAACGUAAAGUAACUUAACAUAGCUUAACAUACAUACUUUCGCCCAUUUAGAGCGAUACAGAUAUCAUAUAGAUCCGACCAUCCAGAUCAUCCAGUCACGAAUCAUCAUGGGCAUAGCUGAAACCGAGUUUAACUGACAUUCAUCGACGUUUACCCAUCCAUCCAUCAAUCCACUCACUCAUACCGAUCAUGCAUCACAGGGCUUUGUUUUUCGUUUGUCGUUACUUUGUAAUUAUUGUGAAAGGAUUUAGCCACAGGAUACAGAUACACGGCAGGUUGAAAGGAGGAGGAGGGAGGGGUUAGCUAAAAUUAGUGGGAGAUUUGGGGAAGUUAACGAAACAGACCUGAAACAAAAUAACGAAGAAGUUAUAAUUUUUGACUCAAUGUGUUCAUUAGCAUUUAGUAGACUUAGCGGGCGUGGCAUAGUGAAAACGUAUGGAAAAUCCAGAGCAAUAUAAGGGCGUAUUGAAUACACAUUUAGGUGACAUGUUCCUCGCAAAAGAAACAAAUAAAACAAAAGAUAAAAACAAAAGAAAACAAUACGAUGAAACUUAAUGAAGUCAUGGACAACGCAUGAAUUAGCUGAAUUAUCUGAGCGAUUUUUAAUAGCAAAUGUAUACACACACACGCGUAGAGCCGCCGACUAGGAUUGGAUUGUGGGCUAAAGACCAGGCGUGGAUUGUGAAAUGUAUUAGCCAACUUAGUUACUUAUGUAGUUUACGUUAUGUUCUUACUGUUUUGAGACGUUCUAUUCUUUGUCCUUGUGUUCAAACCCGACUUCAACGGAUCGACGGAGAGAGAUGAUACAUACAUAGCUAACACUCCUUCCACGAAUAAAGCAAGAUUGCAUUAAAUGCGCAAAACAAACAAAAACCCUAAAAUCUAAAAACUUAAAUCGAAAAUCUUAAAUCUAAAUCACUAAACUAACCUUAAAAAAGAUGCAAAAAUGCCGACGGCUCUACGAGAGCGGAGUGGCAACAAAAAACAUAUACAAUAUUUAUAUACACGUAAUAUACACCAGGAGAAGGCAGAAGGGGGCAGGGGGGCAGAACCCACUUAUUAGAGCUACUUAUAUAGAGUAGAUAUCGUAAUUAUUUUACACCUUAGUUUAGCCAACACCCGGGGCAGAGAUCCCGGGUACCCACACGAUCGCCAUAAUAUACUCGUAACCUCAUUUUAUCCAAUCGUACACCUUGAAGAGCCGUUCAUUUCUUGUGAUCCAGAUCGAAUCAUUCAAAACACAAAACACUCGCACACAAAGCGCACGCACGCAGAGCAUCCCAAAAAAACGCAUGUACAUAUAUAUAUCAUAUAUAUCGCAUCGUAUCGGGCCUAGCGACAUCUGAGAGAAUGCCAUAUUUUAUAUUUGUGUGAGAUUUACUAAACCAAUACUAAAGAACUAAUACUUAUAUCAUUACAAAUGAGCGCCGUUUUCUAAAAGCCACAGUUUAGAAAUUGUGUAAAAAAUAAAACCAAACAAAACAAAACAAAAAAACGUGAGAUAAAGAAACAAAAAACAUUAACUACAAGCGAAAGGAAAUAGGGAGGAGACAAUUAGUGAGAUUUAAGCGAAUACCGAAUGCCAUAAUUCAAAAUAAAAAGCAUUUAAACGUAACGUAUAUAUCGAUAGGAUAAUGAGUAUGUUAGACACAACCAAUUACUACAAGUCAUGAGGAUACUGAACAAUUUGCCAAAGGCUAAGAAUCAAAAGGAGAAAACAAUAACUUACAACAUAACCACUACACUCAAAUACACACAUUCAAACGACAGAUAGUUAAAUACCUUUUACAAAAUACAUACCAAAAAUACUUAAUUAAAUGCAAGCAGGUAUUUUCUCAAAUAAACCGAAUAUUCCAAAAACACGUUGCCCAAAUACACCUACGAUUAAUUCUAAAGCAAACAAAAUGCUCAUAUACACGUAGCUACUAAUGUAAUAAAAAGAACACUAAACGAAUCCAAAACUUAAA